AUGGCAUCUUUGGCGGCUGCUCGCUACGGCAAGGACAAUGUCCGAGUGUACAAGGUGCACCGGGAUGAGAAGACGGGCGUUCAGACCGUCGUGGAAAUGACCGUCUGCGUCUUGCUCGAGGGCGAGAUUGAUACUUCCUACACCAAGGCGGAUAACAGCGUCGUGGUAGCCACCGACUCCAUCAAGAACACCAUCUACAUCACCGCCAAGCAACAGCCCGUCACGCCCCCCGAACUCUUUGGGUCCAUCCUCGGCUCCCACUUCAUCGAAAAGUACCCCCACAUCCACGUCGCCCAUGUCAAUAUCAUCACGCACCGAUGGGUGCGCAUGACCAUUGACGGCAAGGCUCACCCGCACUCGUUCCUCAAGGACAGCCCGGAAACCCGCAACGUCCAGGUGGACGUGACCGAGGGCAAGGGCAUCGAUAUCACAUCCUCCAUCAAUGGGUUGACCGUCCUGAAGAGCACCGGUUCCCAAUUCUGGGGCUUUGUCCGCGAUGAAUUCACCACGCUCAAGGAGACUUGGGACCGGAUCCUCAGCACCCAGGUGGAUGCUAAGUGGCAGUGGCGCCGCUUCAAUGAUGUGCAGCAUGUCAAGGCCAAUCUGGACAAGUUUGAUGGUGCCUGGGAGACCGCCCGAAACACCACGUUGAAGACGUUUGCCGAAGAUAACUCGGCAAGUGUCCAGGCGACCAUGUACAAGAUGAGCGAGCAGAUCUUGGCCGCUGUACCCCUGGUGGAGACGGUCGAGUAUGCCUUGCCAAACAUCCACUACUUUGAAAUCGAUCUGAGCUGGCACAAGGGUCUGAAGAACACGGGCAAGGAUGCGGAGGUGUAUGCGCCUCAGUCCGGACCCAACGGCCUCAUCAAGUGUACGGUGGACCGCUCCGGCCAAAAGGCCCGCCUGUAG